UGGUGUAGACGUGGAGCAUUAUGUCUAUGAAUAUGAUAGUAAUAGAAGCGUAUCAGGUUUUAAAUAUUCAUCAGAUCAUAUUCUAGUUUAAAGACGUUUCGACAGCUGGCGGAGACGUCGCGAUUUUAAAUGAGAUAUUGUUUUGAGCUUUGCACGUACUAUAAAAAGUCCCACUAUCUUCCGGAAUACCAUACAAGGUCUGACUGUGGUGGUUGUUGGCUCAUUCGGGGAGAGCGUCAGAAUAGCACGUUCCUGAAGUAGGAGUUCUUUUGUUUGAAGUUCUACGGAACAGGAAAUAGUAGCAUGGAUACGCCAACAAUGUUUUUAUGCACAUUCCUUCUGGUGAUGAUUGUUUCAAGUGUCACGGCGUUAUCCCCGAUGGCGCAGAGCAUGAAUGCAGAAAUCAUGUCAGACUACAUGGACCUACAAAGAAAGGUUAUGAGAUAUAGGAUGUUUCAGUCUUCAAUGGGAGGACCGAAUGGUGGGAAUACUGUUCUUCCUGCUGGAAUACAAAAUCUCCUCGCCUCUUUUGGAGGAAUGGUUCCAUCAGAGAUGUCAUCUGUCCAAACAUCGGUAAAUAGUGGGUCACAGACAGGUAACUUUAUGCCAGAAGUAGCACCAACACUUCAAAACAUUGGACUAAAAAAUCCACAACCUGCAACAAAAACAGCAAACGCAAAGACAUCAUCAAAAAAGAGCAGUUUAAAAUCAAAAAGUGGUAAAGUUACACAUCCCAGCAAUGCAGCUCAGACACCAAAGCAGUCAUCAAGUAAACAAACCCCAGUGACAGAUAUGGUGAGUAAUGUACCAACGGCUAUAG